CGCCACCACGUGACGCGACGACACUGACACACACGUUGCCACAUCUCCUUAAUUACCAUAAUUGCCCUUCACCAGAUACGAAUAAAAGUGUAAGUUGCAACUUACAAGCGUAGUUAGGAAAUUCAGGCAUGGCUGGAAAUGGAAUCCCCCAAGAGCAGCCACUGUUGGCGUCGUUUCAGGAGGAGGAGGAGGAGGAGCCGCGAGAAACGGCGUACGAGUCCUCCGAGAAGAUCGUGGUGGUUGGAAUCGACGAGUCCGAUAGCGAGGAGAAUUGGGGCCGAGUGCCGCCCUUUUCGUGGAAGAAGCUAUGGCUCUUUACUGGGCCGGGCUUUUUGAUGAGCAUAGCGUUUCUGGACCCGGGGAACAUCGAGGGGGACCUGCAGGCCGGUGCCAUUGCUGGCUACUCCCUGCUCUGGCUUCUCUUGUGGGCCACAGCCAUGGGCCUCUUGAUCCAGCUCCUGUCCGCGCGCCUCGGCGUCGCCACCGGGAAGCACUUGGCCGAGCUCUGCCGGGAGGAGUACCCCGCGUGGGCCAGGAUUGUGCUUUGGGUCAUGGCUGAACUCGCGCUCAUUGGCUCCGAUAUUCAGGAGGUUAUUGGGAGCGCUAUUGCUAUCAGAAUUCUCAGUAAUGGGGUUGUGCCCCUUUGGGCUGGGGUUGUCAUUACGGCUCUUGAUUGUUUUAUUUUUCUCUUUCUUGAGAACUAUGGUGUGAGGUCAUUGGAAGCUUUUUUUGCUGUUCUCAUUGGUGUAAUGGCAAUCUCGUUUGCAUGGAUGUUUGGCGAAGCGAAGCCCAGUGGCAAGGAACUUCUUCUUGGCAUUUUGGUUCCAAAACUCAGCUCCAGAACUAUACAGCAGGCUGUUGGAGUUGUGGGGUGCCUUAUUAUGCCCCACAAUGUGUUCUUGCACUCUGCUCUUGUUCAGUCAAGGCAGGUUGAUCGCAACAAGAAAGGCCGGGUUCAAGAAGCUCUUAACUAUUACUCUAUAGAGUCCACCCUUGCCCUUAUAGUCUCCUUCAUCAUAAAUAUAUUUGUCACAACUGUGUUUGCUAAGGGAUUUUAUGGUUCUGAACUUGCAAAUAGCAUUGGUCUUGUAAAUGCAGGACAGUAUCUACAGGAAACAUAUGGGGGUGGACUAUUUCCAAUUUUAUAUAUAUGGGGUAUUGGGCUAUUAGCUGCAGGUCAAAGUAGCACUAUCACCGGUACUUAUGCUGGACAAUUCAUCAUGGGAGGUUUUCUAAAUUUAAAGUUAAAGAAGUGGAUUAGGGCGUUGAUUACCCGAAGUUGUGCAAUAAUUCCAACCAUUAUAGUUGCUCUUAUAUUUGAUACCUCCGAGGAUUCAUUAGAUGUUCUAAAUGAGUGGCUUAAUGUUCUUCAGUCAGUCCAAAUCCCCUUUGCCCUUAUUCCCUUGCUUUGUCUGGUGUCAAAGGAGCAGAUAAUGGGCACUUUCAGAAUUGGCGCUGUCCUCAAGACUGUUUCAUGGCUUGUGGCUGCUCUGGUGAUAGUGAUUAAUGGCUACCUUUUGAUGGAAUUCUUUUCCUCUGAAGUGAAUGGACCAAUGUUUGGCGCUGUAGUGGGUGCAAUAACUGCUGCAUAUGUUGCAUUCGUAAUAUACCUGAUUGGGCAGGCCAUCACCUUUUUACCUUGGCAAUGCGUAACACAACAAAAGACUAUUGCUCACCCAGAGAGUUGAGCAAUCAAUCUUUAAAAUUACAGUUUAAAAGCACUCUAAAGAACUUUUCUAUUAGAAAUAAAGAGUAUUUUUGGUAGGGAAGUUCUUAAAAGUCUUUAUAGACUAGUAUCCAACCAUGUAUGUUUGAAGUGUCACGCUUUUUCAAGUAUGCUCAUGCUUGUUACUCGUAUGACAAGUUGAUGCAAUGGACGGUGGCACCUAAUUGUUUGCCUGUAAUUAUACUGUAUCAGAGUAGAUUUUAGCAUUGUAUUUCUUUCAUAUUUUGUUGUCUAAAAUGCCUUGGAAACACACUGGUUAUUAGUGAGACAUCUUCGAAGCUGUAGUGUUCUAACAAGGAAUGUAGCUCUUCUUUUUCCCUUC